AACGAAAAUUAAAUUAAAUAUUAAAUAUUACAAUGGCGUUUCUGUGUCCAGUGCGCAUGCGUCGCGAUAAAAAGAAAGCCACAAAUGCAAACAUCGAACGAGAUCUGGCCCCUGUGGGAAUGGGGCGCAUUACAGGCUCCUCCAGCAUUGAGACCCUGGUGCGUGUGGGCAUUGAGAAGGAGCAUGGACUUAGCCCUGAUUCAAAAAUGGUUGUGUUGCACGAUUUUACGCCCUGUGUGGACGAUGAGUUGGAGGUGAAACGAGGACAGCUGGUUAAUAUUUUAUAUCGUGAAAACGAUUGGGUCUAUGUCAUUGGCCAGGACUCGCGCCAGGAGGGCUUCAUACCGUUUUCCUACUGUGCCCCGUACAACACACAGUUGGCCGAGUUGGCCAUUAAAAAGAAGCUGCCACGGGAACAGUGUCCGGAGCAGCCUCAUGAUGAGAAUCAACCGUUGCUGGGUGUGGGAGUCGACAACAAACUGGAUGUGCUAUGCGAUGAGCCGAUCACUGUGGUCAACGCCUCCACAGUAAAUAACUUGGAGAGCAAUCUCCAUGUGUCCAUGCCCGAGUGUACGCCGUUCAUCAAGGAGCCAUCUGGACGCUGCAUUGUGCUCUACACAUUCAUUGCCCGCGAUGAGAAUGAUUUGUCUGUGGAACGUGGCGAAUUUGUGACCGUACUUAAUCGUGAGGAUCCCGAUUGGUUUUGGAUAAUGCGCAGCGAUGGUCAGGAGGGCUUUGUGCCGGCCAAUUUCAUUUAUCCAGCCGACAGUGUGCGUGUGCUGCAGCAACAAAAGGCAACAACGCCAGCAGCGGCGCCACUCAACGAGAGCAACAUGCAACAUCAUGCCACGCUAACAGGUGGCGGCCUAAAUGCCAUGGAAACCAUCCUGCAACAGCAGGGACAACAACAGCAGCAGCAACAACAACAACAACAACAACUAGGCAUUGGCACUGAUGAUCUGCGUUAUCAUGGCACAGAGCUCGUUAUGCUCUAUGAUUACAAAGCGCAGGCUCCGGAUGAUCUGUCCGUGCGUCGCGGUGACUGGAUCUAUGCCGACCUCAACAAUCAGACCGUGGACGGUUGGCUGUGGGCGUAUGCGCCCAAGACCCGUAAAUACGGAUUCAUACCCAAGGCGUAUGCACGUCCGCCGGCCAUGACGAGCCUAUAAUUCAUUCCGAUAAGUCUAGUACAUAAAAUAUAGUUUUUAUUAUUGUACAUUA